AUGGUUCGACACCGUCUUCCUUCCUCAUCCUAUUAUACGCCGGUCGGCGAGUCAGAAUGGUCGCGUGAAACACUCUGCGAGCGUCCGAUCGCCGUUCUACCGGGCGCCUAUCGUAAUCCGAUCGAAAUGGCGCGUCACGUGGCCGAGCACGUUCGAACACCGCAGCCGUUUUUCGUGAUGGACGUGGCGGCCGUUCAGAGACGUCUCGACGCGCUUCGCAUCGUUUGCCCGCGUCUGAAUGCUUCAUUCUCGGUGGCGCUCAACGCGGAUCCGGUGCUCGCGCGGAUCAUCGCGAACAACGAGGCGAGUUUCGAGGUGUCCAACACCGAAGAAAUGCAAAUGGCCUCAUUGCAUGUCGAACCAUCGCGCAUCACAUUGCUUUCUAAUAUGCUUACACGCAAAUCAAUUCGUUCUGCUGCCGACGCUGAUGUCGGCACCAUUGUCGUCGAAUCAGAGAAACAACUCCAAGACGUGAUGAAGUACGCACCGCGCGCCGAAAUUCUCAUUGCGAUCAAUUUGCGAUCGACUGAAGUACCAUUUGGCGUCAAUCUUGAAGAUGUCAACGGUCUUAUCGAAAUCGGCGAGCUCAUCGGAGUCAAUGUUGUGGGAGUCCACAUCGAUAUGGGACCACAAGCGGGUAAUGAAGAUUAUUCAGUUGCACUUCAGACGGCUGCCGAUAUUUUCGAGGCGGCUCAAGAACGCCGCGUUGAAAUGCACCGUGUGAGCCUUGGAGAUUUGGUGUUCGCUGGAAAUGCCAUGACUGAGGAAUUCAUUAGAUUUGCCUCGGGCCUCAAUCGAAUGAUCAAUGAUGUGUUCCCAAUUGGUGUUCAAGUGAGUGCCAAUGUCGGACGAUUCAUUGUCACCAAUGCGUUCACUCUAUGCACCACGGUAAUUGGAAAGCAAACGAUCGGAGGUGAAGAUGGCGUCGGAUUUGUGUACCAGACAAACGACGGUGUCUACGGAUCGUUCGGAUGUCGUCAAAUGAACAUUGAUCCAAGCUGCCAGCCGCUUCAUCCAAGCACGCUUGAUGAGCCAGAACAUUUCGGCACCGUCGUUGGCCCAACAUUGGACCAAUUGGACAUUGCCCAGAAACAGAUCAGAUUCCGCCAGCUUCGAGUCGGCGACUGGCUUGUUUGGGAGAAGAUGGGCGCGUUCACAAUCCCAGUGGACAGUGACUACACUGCGCCACCCGUCUAUUAUUAUUCAGCCAAGGAGUGCUGGAAGAAGCUAAGCGUGAAAGAAGAACGUCGUCGAUCACCUACCCCAGAUGAGGACUUGGGUAGCGAUUGCGAUGGUUAUGCUUCAUCGUCGGAGUCCGAAUCCGAAGGGCUUGUCGAUAACUUGUUCUAG